GCACACUGCAAUCAAAGCGGAUGGUGACUAAUCCUUUUCAUCCCAUUCACAAUGUGAGUGGCGCACGACCAUCAACUCCGGCUCCGAUUAGCGUUGAUAAGUUUGGAGCUAAAGGGAUUGAUCAUACAGAUGACACAAAGGCAUUUCAGAAGGCGUGGCUGGAAGCUUGUUCCUCCAACGGAGCGGUGGUUCUUCUGGUGCCGCCCCACAGGAGCUAUUUCGUUAAGCAAUUCACAUUCUCAGGCGCGCAAUGCAAAUCCCAUAUUACAAUGCAGAUCCACGGAACGAUAAUGGCAUUUGAGGAUCCGAAAACCUACCAUUUUCCAAAUAAAAGUAAGCAGCAGUACUGGCUUACCUUUGAGAGGGUUCAGAACUUGGUGGUUGAAGGUCCUGGAACCAUCAAUGGCAACGGAGAAAAAUGGUGGCAAAGCUCAUGCAAACAAAACAAUAUAACUCGCACGCUGGUGCCCAAUUGCAAUAACGACGCACCAACUGCUGUAACCUUCAAGACGUGCAAUAACUUGACAGUGCAUAAUCUGAAUUUUGAAAAGGCACAGCAGAAGCAUGUUUCGUUUGAAAAUUGCACUGAUGUUAAAGCUUCCCGUCUUAGAAUAAAUACAUCAGAGGCUAGUCCCAACACUGAUGGAAUUCACGUUACAGAAACCAAGAACAUCGACAUUUCAAUGAGUCGUAUAAGCACAGGUGAUGAUUGUAUAUCCAUUAUGGGAGGAUCCCAGAAUGUUUACGUCGCAAACAUAGCUUGCGGACCAGGCCAUGGAAUCAGCAUUGGUAGCUUGGGAAGAGGUGGCUCAGAAGACCAUGUUUCCGACGUAACAGUCUUUGGAUCUAGGCUAACUGGAACCAUGUAUGGAGUGAGGAUCAAGACAUGGCCGGGAGGGUCAGGGUAUGCAACCAACAUCACAUUUCAGAUGAUACAGAUGGAUAAUGUGACCAACCCCAUAAUCAUCGACCAAAACUACUGCGACACUGCAACCAAAGUCAUCAACGGAGAAUGCAAACCACCACCACUGCAGAAAAACACAGCAGUUAAAGUGCAUAAUGUUAUGUACCAGAGCAUAAAUGGGACAGUUUCUAAGGACGGCCAAGCCAUAGUAUUUAAUUGCAGCAGUGUUCCUGGUGGUGCAUGUGAGAAGAUUGUGCUGGACGAUGUUAGACUUGAGAAAGGAGGAGCUGCUGUAUGCAGCAACGUCAAACCGACUUACAGCAGAGUAGAUUUGCCCCUCAAUCGAUGCCCUAACCAAUAA